GUAGGGGAGGAGGCAGGGCGGUCACAUAAAAACUGCCUGGAGAACUGGAUGCGGGAUCAGUCGGCGAUGUUCUCCGUGCUCGGCUAUUCUUGGUUGGAGCUACAGAGAUCCGCGUUCGCAUUGGACUCAGUUGGUUUCUUCUACGUGAUGCGGAACUAAUGAUCUAAACAUUCGCUUCAGGCUUGGACUUUUGUUACGUGAGGUGAACUUCUUCAAAACUCCGUUUUACCGUCUUCUCAUCCAGGAAUACUGUGCGCAUCUCUACCAAUGGAAAGGAAUCUCACCGCAGUUCUUAAACAGCCUUCCAGGACCACGUAACAUUCACUUGAGGAGCUCGCCCUGUAUCAGCUCUCGACAAACAUGGACUGUUUUCCCAUGCUUUAUUUUCUGUCGAGACAUCAUGAUUCCUGGUAAUCGAAUGCUGAUGGUCAUUUUAUUAUGCCAAGUCCUACUGGGAGAGAGCAGCUAUGCUAGUCUAAUACCCGAGGAAGGGAAGAAGAAAGCAUCGGCUCAGCACCUGGGUCAGAGUCAUGAACUGCUGCGGGACUUUGAAGCCACGCUGCUGCACAUGUUUGGGCUGCAGAAGCGACCGCGACCCAGCUACUCGGCUGUGGUGCCCCAGUAUCUGCUGGACCUGUAUCGCCUGCAGUCAGGGGAGGCCGAAGACGCCGGAGCCCAUGACGUGAGCUUCGAUUAUCCCGAAAGGUCCACGAGUCGCGCAAACACUGUGAGAGGAUUCCAUCAUGAAGAGCACAUGGAAGAGCUGCAGUCAGGCGGCUCACCGGAGACUCCUGUGCGCUUCGUCUUCAAUCUCAGCAGCGUCCCAGAGGAGGAACUCAUUUCUACCGCAGAGCUUCGUAUCUACAGGCAACAGAUAGAUGAUGCAAUCUCAGAUCCCCAACCCACGGGAGACGACGGUCUCCACCGGAUAAACAUAUAUGAGGUGCUGAAGCCCCCGCGGGCCGGGCAGCUCAUCACGCAGCUGCUGGACACUCGACUGGUGCGCCACAACACGACCCGAUGGGAGAGCUUCGACGUGAGUCUCGCCGUGCUGCGCUGGACCCGCGACAAGAGCUCCAAUCACGGCCUGGCCGUGGAGGUGGUGCCCCUGAACCCAACCUCGCGUCACCAGGGAUGCCAUGUACGCGUAAGUCGCUCCUUGCAUCCGCUUCCGGAUGAAGACUGGAACCAGCUUCGCCCGCUGCUGGUCACGUUCGGGCACGACGGCAAAAGUCACCCGCUGACGCGGCGAGCGAAGCGCAGCCCAAAGCAAAGAAGUCGCAAGCGCAACCGAAACUGUCGGCGGCACGCGCUCUAUGUGGACUUCAGCGACGUGGGCUGGAACGACUGGAUCGUGGCGCCUCCCGGAUAUCAGGCGUACUACUGUCACGGGGAGUGUCCGUUUCCUUUGGCCGAUCACCUGAACUCCACCAAUCACGCUAUUGUGCAGACGCUGGUGAACUCGGUAAACACCGACAUUCCCAAGGCCUGCUGCGUUCCCACGGAGCUCAGUGCAAUCUCCAUGCUCUAUCUGGAUGAGACGGACAGGGUGGUGCUGAAAAACUAUCAGGAGAUGGUGGUGGAGGGAUGUGGCUGCCGCUGACCGCGCCACAGUUACACCCUGGACACUUAUUUAUAACGUCCGUGUUGAGAUGUGUGUUUCUUGUC